AUUCGUUGCCGUCCACUUGUCUCACGGCCUGUCGCCAUCUCCUUCCUGGUUUUUUCAUCCGACCAUCCCCGGCUCCUCCGCGCCGUCGGCGACGACUCCAUCGAGUCACUCGGCCGCAGCAACCGGCGACCAUGUACCGAGUCGCCUCCGGGCUCGGCGCCCUCAAGAGGCAUGGGGCAAAUGCUCAAAUGAUGAAUGCUGCAAUUAGGUGUGCCAGCACAAGUGUUGCACAGAGGUCUUCGGGUGGCUUCUGGACCUGGUUGACUGGUGCGCGUUCAAAUGAAAUACCUCCUCCAGAUUUCACACUUCCAGGAGUGACUAUUCCUCCUCCGCUGCCUGACCAUGUGGAGGCUGGCAAAACAAGAGUCACAACACUUCCCAAUGGUGUUAAAAUAGCCUCUGAGACAUCUGCGGGAUCAUCUUGUUCUGUUGGAGUUUAUGUUGAUUGUGGUUCUGUAUAUGAAGCACCUGAAACAACAGGCGCCAGUCAACUGUUGAAGACAAUGGCCUUCACAACCACUGCCAACAGGAGUGAGUUGCGGGUUGUGCGUGAAAUUGAGGCAAUAGGUGGCAGUGCCAAAGCAUCUGCUAGCCGUGAGAUGAUGAGCUACACUUACGGAGCCCUGAAGACUUACAUGCCUGAAAUGGUUGAGGUGCUUAUUGAUUGUGUACGCAACCCUGCUUUUCUUGAUUGGGAGGUCAAGGAACAGAUUUUGAGGCUACAGGCAGAGCUUGCAAAAUCAUCAAGUUUUCCUGAAAAUUUUCUUUUGGAGGCUCUUCAUUCUACUGGCUAUUCUGGUGCUUUAGCAAAUCCACUAAUUGUGCCAGAAUAUUCAGUUAGCAGAUUGAAUGCAGAUGUCCUGGAACAAUUUAUAACUGAGAACUACACUGCUUCCCGAAUUGUUCUAGCUGCAUCAGGCGUUGAUCAUGAUGAAUUGGUAUCUAUUGCCGAACCCCUUCUGUCUGACAUUCCCAGUGUAUCUGGAACAACAAGGCCAAAAUCAACCUACAUUGGUGGAGAAUACAGAAGAAGUGCAGAUUCAUCGAGCACAGACGUUGCAUUGGCAUUCGAGGUCCCAAGUGGUUGGCUCAAAGAAAAAGAUUGCGUCACUGUAUCAGUUCUUCAGGCACUUCUGGGUGGUGGUGGCAAGUUUUCUUGGGGAAGGCAAGGAAAGGGGUUACAUUCACGUCUAAACCGCCUCGUAAAUGAAUUUGAUCAGAUCAAGUCAAUCUCUGCUUUCAAGGAUGUUCACAGUAAUACUGGCAUCUUUGGAAUCCAUACAUCUACUGAUGCAUCAUUUGUUCCUAAAGCUAUUGACCUAGCAGCCAGAGAGCUCACUUCCCUUGCAACUCCUGGACAAGUUGACCAAAGCCAACUGGACCGCGCUAAAGCCUCAGCUAAAUAUGCGAUACUGGCAAAUUUGGAAUCACAGGCAUCGCUAACAGAGGACAUGGGGCGCCAAGUUUUGGCAUUUGGUGAAAGGAAACCUGCUGAGCACCUUCUCAAGGCUGUAGAUGGUGUUACUAUGAAAGAUAUAACGUCUGUUGCUGAAAAGAUCAUUUCAUCCCCAUUGACAAUGGCAUCUCAUGGAAACGUUCUGAAUAUGCCUACUUAUGAGUCGGUCAGUGGCAAGUUCCGCUCAAAAUGAGGAGUACAUGACCCUUCCCUUCAUUUUAUCACCUUGUUUGCUGGACAAGUUUUACCAGUACCUUGUCAUUCACGUCUAGGCCAUGGUUCUUGGUCAGUUUCAGAAGAAAUAAGCAACCUCAUGCAGUUUUGUUCGUGAAACCUGUGAUCACUUCACAAUUAUUCCCUUUUCUCAUUCUUUUGCGGAACAUUCGUGUGGUUAAUGCUGGUGAUAGACCAGUAACGUGCUUGUAAAUUUAACCGAACCCUGGCCCCUCAUUCGGUACCAAGGCCCCAAGAGAAUGUACAAAAUUGUCGUAAAACUCUUGACAAAAAUGUUGUCGCACAUGAAUAAUGAUUCUACAG